GAUUCUCGAGGCGUCUCAUGCACGUACCAGCUGGAAGUGAAUGCCUGUCCCUUAGAUGACCGCGACGUUCGAGAUCCCAGGGGUGCAGAAACAGGACAUGCAUGUCAGCUUUCGGUCUAGACAUAUCAUCGUCACCUGGAGAAUGAGGAAUGUCAGAGAGAGCAUGGAAGACGGCGUCCUUGUGCGCGACAGACAAGAAAUAAAGCACACACAAUUCAUCCCCUUGCCAGAAGGGACCAAAUUCGAGGAUGUCAGCGCCUCUCAGGAUGGCCGACGGCUCGUCUUGACGUAUCCCAAUUCGCGCUAUCUACCUGUGUCUCCCCGUUCUCCUCGAACUGCGCUUUCGGGGCGACAGAAUUCCACACAUGCUCACCGAUUGAAGUAGAACUUGAACAGGAGUCAUAGGAGAAGAGUAGGACUCGGAGGACGGGAUGCCGGGGUGCAUGUAUGAGUAAGACGCACG